CUGACAGAGCAUCGAUGGUUUUAAAUCAUCGAUAAUUUCAAAUUCAAAAAAAUAUGUGUGCUUUUGUCUUUUCCUGUUAUUUUUAUUCAAUAAAUUUAUGGAAUAAAAUAAAUAAUUUUUAGAGACUGUAUUCAGAAGAAUUUUUGAAAGGAGCAUAUGGAUAAAGUAGGUUUGGAUAAACGCAUUAGGGAUAAAGUGUUGCUAGAAAUUCAGCAUAAUAAUUUAACAAGCUUGAAAAAACUUAAAAGCGAAAAUCCGUUGUUUCAUUGGAACCAUAUUUGUUACGAAAAAACUGGAGACUCGCUACUUCACGUAGCUUCUAGACUGGGCUAUCAGGAAAUUAUAGAUUAUCUGUUAAGUGAUGAGUUUGGCACAAGUUGUGUUGAUAUAAAAAACAAAGACGAUAAAACACCUUUGCAUGAAGCAACCCAAUUUGGACAACUUGCUAGUGUUUUAAAGUUAUGUUCGUAUGGGGCCGAUGUAAAUGCUCUACGAAGAGGGGACUGGACGCCUUUAAUGUUAGCAUGUACAAAAAUUCAAGAUGAUAUUAGUUUACAAAUUGUACAGACACUUUUUAGAAAUGGUGCACUGAUAAAUAUAAGGAACAAAGAUGGUUGGAGUUGUGCACAUAUGUUAGCUCGUGAAGGUUCAAUAGAAAUACUAGAAUUUUUAAUAAGCAGAGGGUUAGAUGUUUCUAUAAAUACAAAAAAUGGACGAAGUCCUUUGCAUAUCGCUUCUUUACAUGGACAUAUUGGUAUUUCCUCGUUACUAUUAAAAUAUAUUGAUAUUAACUUAAAGGAUAAUUGUGGAAAUACGCCAUUACACGAAGCAGUACUAGGACAACAUAUUGAUUUGUGUAAAUUUUUAAUUAAAAAUGGUGCUAACAUCUGUGCAAGAAAUAAUAGCGAUUUUAGUUUACUCCAUUUAGCAGCUAGUAAAGCCCAAAAUAAUAUAAUAAAGUACAUUUUAAAUGAACUUAAAUUUGAUAUUAAUGAUCAAAAUAGAAACGGAUGGACUUCACUGCAUUGUGCUGCAAAACAAAGUAAUAAAGAGGCUUACAAAUACUUAGAAAAAAAUGGUGCAAAUGUAGAUAUUAAAGAUAAUUAUGGCAGAACAGCUUUUGAUUAUUUAUAAGGUAGGAAAACAAAAAUACAAUAUUUUAUAUUA